GUCGGCCUGGGGUGGCGGUAGGGGGCUUUGGCAUUAGCCUCGUAAAAGUUCAAAACUGACAUUCAGUGAAUGAUGAAAACACAGACGGGAUUAAAAAAAACUCCACAACGCUCGAUCAAACAUCUAGCUAAGAGGCCGUGGCUCCACCCAGCCAGAAACCCCACUCCACCUCUUAGCCCUCAUUGGUCAAAAGCGCCGCGGGGUAACCCAGAGAUUGGCCAGACCAGCAGACCCCCGCGUCCAAUGGGCGGCGGCGCCGGCUUUCCCGCGGCCGUUCGCUAUUCAAGUGGACCGUGGCGGCGGCGGCGGUUGAGGAGUGUAACGGUCGCCGUGCUCCGACGCGACGAUGGCGGCCUUGGGGCCCGGAGGCUACGCGCGGAAUGAUACAGUUGAGAAGCUGCCAUCAGUCAUGGCGGGAGUUCCGGCGCGGAGGGCCCAGUCUUCCCCGCCCCCGGCUCCACCGCUCUGCCUCCGGCGGCGGACGCGACUCCCGGCGGCUCCGGAGGACACGGUGCAGAAUCGGGUAUCGCUCGAGAAGGUGCUUGGCAUCACAGCCCAGAACAGCAGUGGCCUAACCUGUGACCCCAGCACAGGCCACAUGGCCUACCUGGCAGGCUGUGUGGUGGUGAUUUUGAACCCCAAGGAGAACAAGCAGCAGCACAUUCUUAAUACUGCCAGGAAGUCUCUGAGCGCUCUGGCCUUCUCCCCUGAUGGAAAGUACAUAGUGACGGGAGAGAAUGGACACAGACCUGCUGUACGGAUCUGGGACGUGGAAGAGAAGAGUCAGGUGGCGGAAAUGCUGGGCCACAAGUAUGGCGUUGCCUGCGUGGCCUUCUCCCCCAACAUGAAGCACAUUGUGUCCAUGGGCUACCAGCACGACAUGGUGCUCAACGUCUGGGACUGGAAGAAAGACAUCCUGGUGGCCUCCAACAAGGUAUCAUGCCGGGUCAUUGCCCUCUCCUUCUCAGAGGACAGCAGCUAUUUUGUCACUGUCGGGAACCGGCAUGUGAGGUUCUGGUUCUUGGAAGUGUCCACUGAAGCAAAGGUCACAGGCACGGUGCCCCUGGUGGGGCGCUCAGGCAUCCUGGGUGAGCUGCAUGACAACGUCUUCUGUGGUGUGGCUUGUGGCCGGGGCCAGAUGGCAGGCAGUACCUUCUGUGUGUCCUACUCGGGCCUCCUCUGCCAGUUCAACGAGAAGAGGGUGCUGGAGAAGUGGAUCAACCUGAAGGUCUCCCUGUCUUCCUGCCUGUGUGUCAGCCAGGAGCUCAUCUUCUGUGGCUGCACUGAUGGGAUAGUCCGCAUCUUCCAAGCCCGCAGCCUGCAGUACCUCACCAACCUGCCCAAGCCGCACUACCUGGGGGUGGAUGUGGCCCAGGGCCUGGAGCCCAGCUUCCUCUUCCACAGGAAGGCAGAGGCCACCUACCCGGAUACAGUGGCGCUGACCUUUGACCCCACGCACCAGUGGCUGUCCUGCGUGUACAAGGACCACAGCAUCUACAUCUGGGAUGUCAGAGACAUCAACCAAGUAGGCAAGGUGUGGUCGGAGCUCUUCCACAGCUCCUACGUCUGGAACGUGGAGGUGUAUCCGGAGUUUGAAGAUCAGAGAGCUUGUCUACCAUCAGGAUCUUUUCUGACUUGUUCCUCAGACAAUACCAUCCGCUUCUGGAACAUGGACAGCAACCCUGACUCUCACUGGCAGAAGAACAUCUUCAGUAAUACCCUGCUGAAGGUCGUGUACGUGGAGAACGACAUCCAGCACCUGCAGGACAUGUCACACUUCCCAGACCGGGGGAGCGAGAAUGCGAUGCCCGUGGACGUGAAGGCUGGGGUUCGAGUCAUGCAGGUCAGUCCUGAUGGCCAACACUUGGCUUCAGGCGACCGAAGUGGAAAUCUGAGGAUCCACGAACUGCACUUCAUGGACGAGCUGGUCAAGGUGGAGGCCCAUGAUGCCGAGGUGCUGUGCCUGGAGUACUCCAAGCCGGAGACAGGACUGACUUUGCUUGCCUCGGCCAGUCGGGACCGACUGAUCCACGUGUUGAACGUGGAGAAGAACUACAACCUGGAGCAGACCCUGGACGACCACUCCUCAUCCAUCACGGCCAUCAAGUUCACUGGCAACAGAGACAUCCAGAUGAUCAGCUGUGGCGCCGACAAGAGCAUCUACUUCCGCAGUGCCCACCGGGCCUCGGAUGGACUGCACUUUGUCCGUACCCACCACGUGGCUGAGAAGACUACCUUGUAUGACAUGGACAUCGACAUUACCCAGAAGUACGUGGCCGUGGCCUGCCAGGACCGCAAUGUGAGAGUCUACAACACCCUGAACGGGAAGCAGAAGAAGUGCUACAAGGGCUCCCAGGGUGACGAUGGGUCCCUGCUGAAGGUCCACGUGGACCCCUCCGGCACCUUCCUGGCCACAAGCUGCUCUGACAAAAGCAUCUCAGUGAUUGACUUCUACUCAGGCGAAUGUGUUGCCAAGAUGUUUGGCCAUUCAGAAAUUGUCACCGGCAUGAAGUUCACCUAUGAUUGCCGUCACUUGAUCACCGUGUCCGGAGACAGCUGUGUCUUCAUCUGGCACCUGGGCCCUGAGAUCACCAACAGCAUGAAGCAGCACUUGCUGGAGAUCAACCGCCGGGAGCAGCAGCAGAACACGGAGGACGGGAAGUGGAGCGGCCACCCCAGGCAGGAGAUAUAUGCAUCCGUGCCUAGUGAGAUUUGCUCCCUGAGCCCUGGAGAGCAGACAGAGGAUGAGCUGGAGGAAGAAUGUGAAUCUGAAGAGUUGCUGAAGACCCCAUCCAAGGAGAGCUUGGAUCCAGAUCCUCAGUGCCUGCUGACCAACGGCAAGCUGCCGCUCUGGGCGAAGCGGCUGCUAGGAGAUGAUGAUGCAGCAGACAGCACAGCCUUCAAUGCCAAGCGCAGCUACCAGCCGCAUGGCCGCUGGGCAGAGCGGGCUGACCAGGAGCCUCUUAAGACCAUCCUGGAUGUCAGGGACCUGGACUGCUACUUCACCCCCAUGAAGCCCGAGAGCCUGGAGGAUUCUGUCCUGGAUGCAAUGGAGUCGCAGAGACUGGCAGGCCUGCUGAGCGAGUCCGAGAGUCCCCAAGAGGACGGCUGCGGGCACCCUUCCUUGUCACCCCCACAGCAGGAGUCUUCUGAGGCCAGCGAGCUCAUCACCUGCCCCCCGGAGACAGAGGUGACAGUCACAGGGAUGGACAGCGAGUACUGUGUGGAGGCGGUGGUGGAGGCAGGCAGAGACCAGCAAGGGGACCCCUUCCUCCGGGUCCCCUCAAUCGGCUCGAAGGACCGGAGUCCACCUGAGGACUCGGGGGAGUCAGAGGCUGACUUGGAGUGCAGUGUCGCCACCAUCCACUCCUCCCCUCCACAGCCAGACCCAGAGCCUCAGUUUGACACGGUUCCUCCCACACCAGGAUGCCCAGGGACUGCAGGAGAGUUGCCCCGGCCCGAGGUGCCAGGCAUGUCCAACAGCUCCCUGCCCCAGACCCCUGAGCAAGAGAAGUUCCUCCGCCACCACUUCGAGACGCUUACUGAUGCCCACCCUGAGGAGCUCUUCCUCGGAUCCCUGAGAGACAUGAAAGCCCCUGAGACCGAGGACGACUUCUUCAACCCCCGACUGAGCAUCUCAGCCCAGUUCCUCUCCCGCCUUCAGAAGACAUCCAGGUUCCCCCACACCUUCCCUUCCCGGCUGCCCCGGCACCUUGUGAAGUCCUCAGAGGUCAGACUCACGGACCUCGGGGGCGAGCCCCCAAGAGCAGGUGCUGGCUCCACCUCCCCAGUCAGGACCAACGUCAUCUCUGGAGGAAAGGCUGAGGAGACACUGGAGGUGUGGUCCCCACUGUCCCCCUGCCUCACGGGCCUGGCGCCCUGCAUGCCCUCCUCCUCUGCGCUGCCCACCGACAAGAAGCCACCAGCACCCACAGCCCUACCCGCUGCAGGCCUGGCUCAGAGUGCCCACACCCCCACCACCCACUCCCACGUGGAGGCCACUGCCAGUUCCCGUGCCAAGAUGUCCCGCAGCGUUUCCCUGGAGGAGCUGGCCUCCCUGAGCCGGGAGCUCCAGGAUGUCACCACCACAGUGACACCCAGUUCUGAUGGUGAGGGCCGAGAACCUGCCCUGCCCUCCCGGGGCAACCAUGAGGCCCGCGCCAGCCUGAAACUCAGCCUGUCGAGCAUCUGUGACAGGCUCUUGCUGCCACCACCCCAGCUGGAGCCUCCCACCACGUGUGUCUGGUCCCAGGAGCCUGUGGACACCGAACGCGAUGUCAUUGUUACGACAGAUGGUUUUCCAGCCCACAGCCCUGCGGAUGGGAUUGCCUCAAGGCUCCACAAGUCUGCCUUUCUCCCAAGGUUCCUGGCCCCUGUGCACCUCAAUACCCCUGUCCCCAACAGUCUCCCGCUCCCAGAAGCCAGGCCUAGGGUCCUUGGCAGCAUCGCCUCUCUCCGGGAGCCCACCCCUGAAGCACCCAGUCCAGUCCAGGACUGCCCUGGACACUGGGGGGACCCCAGGGCGCCAGCCAGCUUCCUGCCCCCAGACCCCCUGGAGCUGAGCAAUGUGGGGACUGUCGUGCACAGACUGCAGGAUGCCUUCCAGGAAGCCCUGGACCUUUACCACCUGAUGGUCUCCAGUGAUGAGGUGAGCGCCGAACAGCGGCAGGCACGGACUGAGCUGGCCUCCACUUUCCUCUGGAUCCACAGCCAGUUAGAGGCCAGCAACUGGCUGGUGGGGACGGAUGUGGCCACAGCCCAGGCCCCGCCCAGCCCAGGUGCCCCCUCCCCGCCUACCCUGUGCCCCCUGGCCAGCCCAGAUUUGCGUGCCCUGCUGGAACACUACUCAGAGCUGCUGGUGCAGGCCGUGAGGAGGAAGGCACGGGGGGACUGAGGGCCAGCAGCCUCUCCACGCAGCCCUGUGCUUCUGAGGAAAUAGGUAUUUUAAGCAAAUAAACAGACAGCUUGCAGAAGUGGCGCCUGGUGCCUGUCCUGGAGCAUCCACAAAGCCGCGUUCAGAUGGAUGUGGGGAGAGAGGGGAGGAGGACAGCCCAGGGAGCUCACCGGCCGUGGGGCACACAGGACUGUUUGGGCACUGCAGGAAUGAUGACCCCAGCACCUGGCUCCCAUGUCGCCUGUCCCCAGCCCACUGAGCUGCUGGCCCCUAGGGAGGGGCCAGCCCUUCUUCCCUGCCCUCUCCCAAUGCCCACGAACCCACUGGAGCCUCUAUGACUACCGUGUGCCAGACGCUGGCCACCAGUUCACAUAUCCCCACAACACUGUCUCACGGCCCCUGGGCCAGGCCCACGCUGGAUCCUAUGAGCUCCAGGCUUUUGUUCCCACUUGCAGCAGGGGAAAGUGAGGAAGGACAAACAUGCUCAGCUACUAGACAAUCCAGCCCAGGCCACCCAGCAGCUGGAGCCAGUAAUUCCUCCACCAGCAAGACUGUCCAGCUCCAACGUCCCAUGGGCUUCCAGCUCUGGGACCAGCCUCCCCAGGCAGCAGGCAUCUAGCCAUGUGGUAUAUCUGCUGAGAAGACACUACUGGGACCACAAAAGCCCUCACUGUCCUGAGUCUUUUAAAAGGAAGCGCAGCAGGAGCAGGCCCCUCCCCUGAAGCCCAGUCCUAUCACGUGUUCUGUGGGGCCCGAACCCCCACUUGCCUGUGAGUUCCUCCGGGCUCUAAUGUGAUCAUGGCUCACCAGAAACAGGCUCAGCGAGAUAUCCAGGGUCAUGCCUAGGGCCCCACAGAACUGAGACUCAAACCCAGGCUUGCCUGGUAGUAGAGCCAGGCCCUUCAGCCUGAGGACCUGGCCCUCUGUUGCCCCUGUAAACACUAAGUACGCAGUUGUUGAAAAGUCUUUCCAGCCCCCAGGAAUUCCUGGUCCCAUCUCUCAUCACUGUUCUACAUGUUAGGAGUAGAGCAGGGAACAGGACAAGCAGAGCAUCAUGCAUUCACCUUCUAGAGAGCAAAAGAUAGGAAUUAAUACAAUAACUGUAACUGCAGGUAAACGGAGGGAUCUCACAGUCACUGUGCUGGUUAAAGGCCUUUCUUAGGUGGCAUUGAAACAGAGGGUUGAUAGAGGGCACAGGCCGUGUGGACAACUGGGCAAGUAUCUAGGCAGAGAGAAUUGCCAGUGCAAAGGCCCCAUGGCAGGCUCAGAUGUGAGGAUGAAAGGAAUAGCAAUGAAGCCAGGAGGCUGGAAUGGAGUGGGCUCAAGGAGAUGGUAGGAGAGGAGGUGGGAGGAAAAAUGGGUCCCACCAGGCAGGGCCUUGAUGUUUUAAGUCAUUUUAAUCUGGGACUUCCCUGAUAAUCCAGUGGUUAAGAAUCUGCCUGCCAAUGCAGGGGGGAAGGGUUCCAUCCCUAGUCUGGGAAAUCCCACAUGCCACAGAGCCUGUGCUUUAAAGAGCCCUCGAGCUAUGACUGCUGAAAUCCGUUUGCUCAGAACCUGUGCUCCACGACAAAAAGAAGCCACCACAAUGAGAAGUCCGUGCACCACAAUGAAGAGUAGCCCCUGCUCGCCACCAUUAGAGAAAGCUCUUGCACAGCAGCGAAGACCCAGUGCAACCAAAAUUAAAUUUAAAAAAAAGAAAAAAAAAUAUUAAACCCAAGACACAUUCACAAUACAGGUUUUUCUCUAAAUAAAAUCCCUGAUCUUGGUGUUUGUGAGAUGCCCAGUGUUGCUUAUUUCACAAGGUUCCCCU